AUGCCUUCGGCCAGGCUGCUCUUGCAGAUGCCGCCGGGGUCGCAGUCGCUGCAGAUCCUGCGCAGUGUGACAACAACCACGGCUGCGGCCUUUCACUCCAGCUGUGCGAGCAGCAGCAGAACCGACAGAGCAAACAGAAGCGGUGGAAACGGAAGAAGAAGUUGUCGGUACGCGUCGACAGUGGCGACAGCCAGUCCGACGGCCACCCUCCUCCCGUUGUCCUCGGCCCUGCGACCAGAAUGCGAAGCCUGUCCUCGGACGCGACAGCAUGGGGCAGCAUUCGGCACGGCAGCAACAUCGCAGCGGGCAUCGUUUCCACGGCACGGCACAGCAGUUGCACCGCUCUCACCGGAGAAGGAGGAGGCCGGGCUUGGCGACAGCAAGCAGACGGCCCAACGCCCACAGCAGGAGACAGUGAAGCCGGAAAGCAGCAGUGGGGAUGGAUCCGGAACAGAGGCAGCCAGUGCGGAAGAGCAGACGAGUGAAUCGGCAGCAGAACGACGGAGCCGAAACGACGUCGACGAGGACGACAAGACGGUGACGGCAGCGUCGGCAGGACCGGCGGACGUGAUCGAGCUGGGGCCGCCGACGACGCCAGAAGGGCCGAUCGAGGCGAUCUUUGGCGGGUCAGCCGAGGGCGGCGACCCGCCGCAACAGGGGCAGCAGAAGCUGCUGUCGCAGCGGCAGCCACCGCACCUGGCACCACCGCCGUACGUACACCACUUUGACAGCUACUCGCUGGUGCGGCAGCUGGCGAGCAGCGGGUACACGCAGGCGCAGGCGAUCACGGCGAUGAAGGCCGUACGCGGGCUGCUGGGCCGGCACCUGGACGUGGCACAGUCAGGGCUGGUGAGCAAGAGCGACGUGGAGAACGAGGCCUACCUGUUCAAGGCAGCGUGCGCGGAGCUGGGCAUCGAGGUGCGCAACAACCGGCGGCGGGCCGACGAGCAGAUGCGACAGCAGCGGGCGCUGCUGCAGCACGAGGUCGACAUUGUGGCGCAGACGGUCAGCCAGGAGCUGCUGACGCUCAACGACGUCGUCCGCGGCCUCUUUGACGACCGCAAGAUGGCCGUACGCGAAGAGCAGAAAGCGGCCGAGAGCCAGAUCCAGAAGCUCAACUACAAGAUCACCAUCAUGCUCAACAGCGAGAUGCGCUCCCAGAUUGAAGGCCUGCGCUGGGUCCUCAUCCGUCGCUCCGUCCUCGGCAUCAUCUUCAUGGUCAUCGUCAGCCUCGGAUCGCUGCGCUAUGCCAGCUACCGCAGCCGCGAGCUGGAGAAGGAGAAGGAGCGCCAGCGCCAGCUCCAGCUCGAUCACCAGCUCGAGGCCGACCAGGCCGCCCGCGCCGCCGAAGCCGCCCUCCGCAGCAGUGCGGAUGCCAAGACCAACGGCAACACCUUGCCCGAGGACGCAGAGUUCCUGACGGCCAACUGA